AUGGAUGACAACGACCCCAUAUCCCAGUUCUUCGACGAAGAAGACGUAGACCUCUACGCCGUCUUGUCGCUUAAAUCAGAUACCUCUGCGGAAGAUAUCCGGAAGUCCUACAGGAAACUUGCUUUGCUGUGUCAUCCUGACAAACUCAUUAACGCCACCGAGGAGGAACGGGCAAAGACAUCUACGCAAUUCCAGAGGAUUGGUUUUGCAUAUACUGUACUAAGCGACGAAAAGCGGAGGAAGAAGUAUGACAAAACCGGAAAGACUGACGAAGGGUUACUCGGUGAGGCGGAUGAGGACGGCGGUUGGGAAGCUUAUUUUGAGGACCUAUUUGACCGCGUCACACGCGGGAGACUGGACGAAAUGAAGAAGGAAUAUCAAGGAUCUUCUGAGGAGAUUGAAGACCUCAAGACCGCAUACCUUGAAACCGAAGGAUCAUUCGACGAAAUCAUGAAGCACAUUCCUCACUCUACUAUUGAUGAUGAGCCAAGAUUCGUAGUCACACUGUCGAAUCUUGUCCAAGCUGGCGAUCUGCCGAAUCUUCCGCAAUGGACGUCAAGCUCCAAAGACGAGAAAGCCAAGUUAGUGAGGAAGAAGCAGAGCGACAAAGAGGCAAAGGAGGCUGAAGAACUUGCGAAGGAACUUGGCGUAUGGGAUGAGUUCUAUGGAAGCGGAAAGACAGGAGCGAGAAAAGGCAAAGGGAAAGCGAAGAAAUCAGCAGAUGACGAGGACGAGGGAGACACUUCAGCACUGCAAGCUCUCAUCCUGAAGAGACAGAAGGGCCGCAAUGGUUUUCUGGACGACCUGGCUGCCAAGUACUCAAAUAUGGAGGAGUCGUCCAGAACGAAGGGAGGAAGGGGAAAGAAACGGAAGAAGGGCGCGGACGAGUCUGAGGCUGAAGCAGAAUCACCAAGGAAGAAACCUCAUGUCCAGGAUCCUCCUGACAUUGAUGAUGAGGAAUUCGCCAAGAUACAGCAGAGGAUGUUUUCGGAUAAGCGCAAGCCAGCAGGUGAAGGAUCAUCCCCAGCGAAGGGGAGACGGAGCGGGAGAGCGAAGAAAGCCAAAUAACUCCUGUUCUGUGGAUGUCCCUCGUCUUACUUUGUAUUGUAUUUAUAUUGAUGCAUGUCUUCUAAAUUAUUAUCGUUGAAACCUGACCCUUGUUUGUGUUGUAUGUGGCACGUACAGUGGCUUACGAUUUACCUG